ACACAUUCAUUGUGUUUGCAAAAUAUCUCUUGAGCCAAUUGCUAAGUGUGUGUGCGUUGUAUUGGUAAAAGUUUAAACCCACUUUUAAGACAAGAUAAAAUCAUAGUCUGUCUGAAUUCAACCGUAGAUUUUUUAAAAUUAUAUAACAAUUAAAUUAUAUAUAUAAUAAUUCCACUGCACACAAAUAAUUCUUUAAAUCAAGACAUUGAAUGGAAGUAUAGAUUGAUGUGAAUAAUUUUGGAAUACACUUGAAAGAGUAUAACAAUUAAUUAUCCAAAUCGGAGUAAAAAUCUACGUAUCAUUUAAUGAUUUGUGAAUGAUGACUGCGCAGUUUCUCUAUCUCUAUAUAUAAUGACGAUUUAGAAUUUGCUCUGAUACUUUAGUCAGUGAAACGUAAUGUUUUAUUAAGAAUACAAAUAUAAUUAGUCACAAUUUUUAUCCAAAAGAUAAAAAGGUACAAAUAAAAUGGAAUUUGGGGUUUCUGAAACUUUAAUUGGAGUACUGGCACUCUUAUUACUCAUUUAUUAUUUUUUAAUGAAUAAUUUUGACUUUUGGACAUCAAGAGGAAUUCCUGGUCCAAAACCAAUUCCAAUUUUUGGUACUAUAAAAGAUGUUGUUUUUGGCAAAUAUUCAAUAGGAAAUUAUUUGAAACAUGUCUAUGAUCAGUAUCCAGAUGAACCAAUGGUUGGAUUUUUUACCAGGAAAGAGCCAGUAUUAAUGUUGAAUGACAUGGAAUUAAUCAAAACUAUUUUAAUAAAAGACUUUAAAAGCUUUAUGGAUCGAGGUUUAAAAGUAAGUGAGAAACAUGAGCCAUUAAGUGUACAUUUAUUUCAAAUUGAAGCAAAAAGGUGGAGACCAUUGAGAACAAAAUUAACACCAGUAUUUACUUCUGGGAAAUUAAAAGAAAUGUUCUAUCUUCUAGUUGAAUGUGUUGAUAAAUUAGAUAAAUAUCUAGAAAAAUAUGAUGGAAAAGUUGUUGACAUGAGAGAAAUCGCUGCUAAAUUUACAACAGAUGUUAUUGGAGUCUGUGCUUUUGGAGUUCAAGCUAAUGCUUUAGAAGAUGAGAAUAGUUUGUUCAGAGAAAUGGGAAAAAGAAUUUUUGAUCUUAACUGGAAAGCUUUGCUCAGAUUUCGGAUGAGAAAUUUCGCGCCAGUUUUAUAUCAUUUCAUAGGAGGCUUGUUUACAGAUCAUAUUCUGAAUAAUUUUUUUAUUGACUUGACUAGAGAUACUAUUGAAUACAGGAAGAAGAAUAAUAUUAAACGACAUGAUUUCAUUGAUUUAUUAGCUGCAUUGAGAGAUGGAGAGACCAAAAUAGAUGACAUUGAGCUCACUGAUUCACUUCUAGCCGCACAAUUAUUUGUAUUCUUUAUUGCUGGUUUUGAAACUUCAUCGUCCACUAUUAGUAACUGUCUUCUGGAACUUGCUAUGAAUCAUAAGAUCCAGAAUAAAGUUCGGGAAGAUAUAAGAGAGGAACUUUCAAAGACAGAUGGCAAAUUAACAUAUGAUUCUAUCAAAAAUAUGAAAUAUUUAGAUAAAGUCUUCAACGAAACUUUAAGAAAAUAUCCUCCGGUUACAUCAAUAAUGAGAAAGACAACGACUCCUUAUACAUUCCCAGGCACCCAAGUAUCAAUACCAACUGGUACAGCAGUUUGGAUACCGAUAUUCGCAAUUCAACGAGAUCCAAAAUACUUCCCCAAUCCUGAUGUCUUUGACCCUGAAAGGUUUAAUGAAGAAGAAAUCAAAAAACGUCCUCCUAUGGCUUAUUUACCAUUUGGUGACGGUCCACGUAAUUGCAUUGGUCUUCGAUUUGGACAAAUGCAAACUAAAGUUGGUCUUGUAAAGAUUUUACAAAAUUAUACUGUUGAUAUUUGUGAUGAGACUGAUAAGAAAUUUCAAAUAAAUAAUAGAAGCUUUUUAUUAGCACCUGUGAAUGGAGUAAAACUAAAAAUAAAAAAAGAAUUAUUUAGUAAUUUAUGGAAGCUAUGUGUGCGUGUACAUGUUGCAAAAAUCAACCAAAAUGUUCCUGGACCAAAACCAAUAUUUUUCUUUGGUACAACAAAAGAUGUCAUCCUAAGAAAAGUUAGUUUAGGGCAUUAUGUUUCACGACUUUACAAAAAAUAUUCCAAUGAACCUAUGUUUGGAAUUUAUCUGAGAAACAGACCAAUUCUCAUCAUAAAUGAUCCAGAAUUGAUCAAAAAUGUUUUAAUAAAAGACUUCAAACACUUCAUGGAACGAGGUUUAACAUCCAAUGACAAAAUAGAACCGUUGAGUGCACAUUUAUUUUUGCUAGAAGCUAAGCGUUGGCGUCCAAUGAGAACGAAAUUAACACCAGUAUUCACUUCUGGAAAAUUAAAAGAAAUGUUCCAUCUCAUUGCAGAGGUUGCUGAAAGAUUUGACAAAUAUUUAAAUAAAUUUGAUGGCAAAACUGUUGAUAUGAGAGAUAUUUCUGCUAAAUUUACUACAGAUACUAUUGGAGUUUGUGCAUUUGGGCUUGAAGCUCAUGCUCUUGAUGACGAAGAUAGUAUUUUCCGGAAAAUGGGAAAAAGAGUCUUUACUACUAGUUGGAGAAGUUAUGUUCAAUUUACAUUAAUGGGUUCCAUGCCAAUUCUGUAUAAUCUAGUUGGUAGAUUGUUUAUAGAUCAUGUUCUCGAGAAAUUUUUUAUAAAUCUUACCAAAGAAACAAUUGAAUACAGAAAGGAGAAUAAUAUCAAGCGACAUGAUUUUAUAGAUUUACUAACUAAUAUGAAGGAUAAAAACGAUAAAAUAGAUGAUAUUGAAUUAACUGACUCAUUGUUGGCUGCACAAUUAUUUGUUUUUUUCGUUGCUGGUUUUGAAACUUCAUCAUCAACUAUGAGUAACUGUUUAUUCGAACUGGCAAUGAAUCCUGAGAUUCAAAAAAAAAUUAAGCUUGAGAUUACAGAGGAAUUGAAGAAAUCUGAUGGGAAAUUUACUUAUGAAAUGAUCCAAAAUAUGAAGUAUCUGGACAAAGUAUUUAAAGAAACAUUGAGGAAAUAUCCACCAGUUAUGUUCCUUUCUCGAAAAACUAUCGAUCCUUACACGAUUCCAGACACUAACAUAACAUUACCAAUUGGCACAGCAGUUUGGACACCAGUUUAUGGUAUUCAUCAUGAUCCUAAAUAUUAUCCUGAACCAGAAGUAUUUGAUCCUGAGAGAUUUACUGAUGAAGAAGUGGAAAAACGUCCUGCUAUGUCUUAUUUGCCUUUUGGAGAUGGCCCACGUAAUUGUAUUGAUUUUGUUAACUUCAUCAUGGAAUUUGAAGGAUUUGAAACAAUAAUUGGUAUAACUUUGUUAUUGUUGUUACUUUAUUACUAUUCCAUGUCACGGUUUAAUUGUUGGAAAUCAAAAAAUAUCCCUGGACCAGAACCAAUAUUUUUUUUUGGUACAUCAAAAGAUAUUUUCUUGAGAAAAAUAAACAUGGGUUGCUAUAUCACGAAUCUUUAUAAAAAAUAUAAACACGAACCGAUGUUUGGAAUAUUCGUAAGAAGUGAGCCAGUGUUAGUUGUCAGUGAUAUGAACGUAAUAAAAACAAUUUUAAUUAAAGAUUUCAAAUUUUUUAUGGAUCGAGGAGGAAAUGCUAAUGAUAAAGUUGAAUUAUUAGCUGCUCAUUUAUUUUUGCUAGAAGCUAAGCGGUGGCGUCCAAUGAGAGCGAAAUUAACACCAGUAUUCACUUCUGGAAAAUUAAAAGAAAUGUUCCAUCUCAUUGCAGAGGUUGCUGAAAGAUUUGACAAAUAUUUAAAUAAAUUUGAUGGCAGAACUGUUGAUAUGAGAGAUAUUUCUGCUAAAUUUACUACAGAUACUAUUGGAGCUUGUGCACUUGGACUUGAUGCUCAUGCUCUUGAAGACGAGGAUAGCAUUUUCCGAAAAAUGGGAACGAGAGUUUUUGAGCCAAAUUGGGGAAACUUUAUUCGAUUUUUGUUAAGAGAUUUUAUGCCACAACUAUAUAAUCUUAUCGGAAGAUGGUUCGCAGAUUUUGUACUUGAGGAUUUUUUUAUUAAUCUUACAAGAGAUACUAUUGAAUACAGGAAAAAGAAUAACAUCAAGCGACAUGAUUUUAUUGAUUUAUUAGCUGCAUUGAGAGAUGGAGAGACCAAAAUGGAUGACAUUGAGCUUACUGAUUCACUUUUAGCAUCACAAUUAUUUGUCUUCUUCAUCGCUGGUUCUGAAACUUCAUCAUCAACUAUUAGUAACUGUCUUCUUGAACUUGCUAUGAAUCAUGAGAUUCAGAAUAAACUUCGGGAAGAAAUCAAGGAGUGUUUAAAUAAAAAUCAUGGCAAAAUUACAUAUGAAAUGAUUCAAGACAUGACGUAUCUGGAUCGAGUUUUUAAGGAAACUUUACGAAAGUAUCCUCCAGCUAUGUUUAUUGCCCGAAAAAAUAUGGAACCUUAUACAAUUUCGGACUUUAAUAUAUUUUUACCAACUGCCACAUCAGUUUGGAUACCUGUUUAUGGUAUUCAUCAUGAUCCUAAAUAUUAUCCUGAACCAGAAGUAUUUGAUCCUGAGAGAUUUACUGAUGAAGAAGUGGAAAAACGUCCUGCUAUGUCUUAUUUGCCUUUUGGAGCUGGUCCACGUAACUGCAUUGCUCUGCGAUUUGGACAACUGCAGACCAAAGUUGGUCUUGUAAAGAUCCUGCAAAACCAUACUGUUAAUGUUUGUGAAGAAACUGAUACAACAUAUGAAAUAAAUCAAGCUAGCUUUUUAUUAGCACCGAAAAAUGGGAUUAAGCUUCGAAUAGAAAAGCGCUAAUAUCUUGUAUUAUUCUUGUUUGUUUUUAUUAUGUAAUGAGUAUUAAAAAAAUUUCAUAAUUUGGUUAAUUA